AGACGGCGAAGAGAAAGGUUCAGAUAAACCGCAGGGACAUAAAGAUUGAGAGCCAUCAUCGUCGGAAAUCAAAUGAAGUAAAAGCAGGUGUUUAAGAAACAUAAAGAAUAAUACAAGAUAAGUUGACAAUCAUGGCUUACCAAUGUCACGCGUGUGAGGCCAGUUUUCCGAGACUGAGCCAGCUACUGCAUCACAGACGGACUGAGAAUCACUGGCCAAAAUUUACAUGCCCAAGCUGCAAGAAAAGUUUCACCAGAAAGAAUAACUUGAAACAACCCAUGAAAAAGCACGCAGAUGAAAAUAAUCACCAUUGCCCGGAUUGUCUUCGUGUAUUCACAAGAAAAGAUGUUCUUGAUGAGCAUUUUGUACAACACGAAAGCCAAAGUGGUGGAGGCAUUAACUCCCUGGGGCCGAAAUGCGACUAUAGGCGUUAUAUUUUCUACCCCGUAGCGUCGAUAUCCGACUAUACGUGCGUUAUCAGGACUCCCCAGGACGGCGAUUGACGAGUAUAGUCGCGGCACCAAGAUCAUGCUGAUUGUGACAUGUACUUGUUAAUUUUUGAUAAACUUGGCAAAAGCAAAAUUAUUUUGCAUACUGGGUAUUAUUUUUUAUAAUUAGUGCUAAUUAGUUCCGUUGUUGAAAUAAGUGUUUGCCAUUAUGUGGCCAUGUAAAGACGAAAUCCACUGUGUGUCUUUCAUUCUGUAUUUCAAAGGUGUAAAAUAAUGUCAUCUGCCAAAAAUCUUUCUUAAAAUAAAGAAAAUAUUCAUUAUCAUGCAGCUUCUGACAUAUCAAUUCCGUCCGAUGAUGAUUCAGACGAUGAAAUUCCAUUAUCAGUUAAAUGAACGGUCGGAAAAUGUUAAGUUUUAGAAGGCUGAAAUAUUCGUACACUUACAUCGAAUACGAUACAAACUGAAAAACAUGAACACAACAAAACAUAUUUUAUAAAAUACAAAAACAACGUGACUACAUAAACAUAUGAUUGUAAAUUUAAUAAUCUUUCAAAGGUAAAUGUAUAUAUUAAAACUUAACUGUCUCAUCGCGUUUCACAAAACGUUUGUGUACAUGUAUACGUCAAAAUUAAACAAAGGCAUGAUCGAUAUUCACACAAAAACGGGUGUCAAUUUUAAGUAUGCUUUUGUACAAAGUCUUUGUUAAUAUUGUAUUUCUAUUUAGUGGGGUUCAAUGUCUUUGCAUGUGAAAAAGUAAGCGAACCAGAAACGUUCAAAUAUUUUCAACGCAGUAGGUUUGUUAAAAUUGUAAAUACUUCGAAGAAAAAAUAUUUUUCUAUUUGGAUAUAGGUUACUGAUGAAAUAGGAUAUAAAAAUAUAUUUUGAAACUUCGAAGGUUUUGUAAGUUUAUUUUAAUUUAUUUUAAUCACCAAUGAUUCCCUGCAUGAUUUCAAUUGACUGCAUGUGCGUGAGAUCGUGAUAAGAUCAGAAAAUGUUCUUCGACGUUAGGUGGUAAUUCUUAUCUCGCCGCAGCAGAUAUAUUAUGAUAUCGGCCUCAGGGAGUUAAGAGGGCUCGUGUUGACGGAGUGGAUAACAAUGUCAAUCAUAAAAAAAAACAAAAAUUAACAGCAAAGGACGAUCCGACGGAAUACUAUCGGAUGGAUAAGAUUAGUGAAAAAAGAAUAGAAAAGUUCAGUACGACCGCGUCGUAUUACAAAAUAUCAGUAAAUGAUAUAGAGGUACGGGAACUUCCCAAUAUCAUCAAAACUUUAAAACAAAUUUUCCAGUCAAUCAUUGACAGUAUUGCUGGCAAAAUACCAUCUACCGAUAAAGUGAGAAUUACAAUGGAUAAUCCGCAAUUGGACUUUCCAAUCGUUCUUCCAUUUAUGAGGAGAUCUGAACUUACAGUCAACAGAAUUUUGUCAGAAAUAGAGAGGGUGCUGCAGUCAUAUGAACAAUUUGUGCUUGAUGAAACGUUCGGGCUGGAGCUCGUUCAUGUACAUUUACCUACUGGAAGUGGAACUCGUGGCAAACCGUACGUGGACAUAUCAAGGUUGUUAAAAAGUAAAGGUAGUGUCAUUCAAAUUAGAAAUACCGAUGAACUUUGCUGUGCACGCGCCAUAGUGACAGCAAUAGCACGUAUAGAAAAACACCCGCAGUGGGAUAACAUACGCAAAGGGCGUCAUGCGCAAAAACAACUGGCACUUAACUUACAUGACAAGGCUGGAGUACCUUUACAACACUGUGGUAUUGAAGAAGUGAAACAAUUUCAAGAAGUACUUUCCAGUUAUAAGAUCCUUGUUCUGUCGAAGGAACACUUUAACGCCAUUAUCUAUGAAGGACAAGAAGACGGCGUACCUAUUUACUUGUACUAUCACAAUGAACACUUUGAUGUUAUCACGACAGUCUCAGGCUUCCUGAAUAGAAGUUACUUUUGCGUUCAAUGUAAAAAGGGUUACAGUAACAAAGAGCAACAUGCCUGUAACAAUCCUUGCGUUUACUGUCAUCGUAUACACGAGGACGACUCUGCGCACUGGGAAUAUUGUGAUGACUGCAAUAGAUAUUUCGUCAACGAAACGUGUUUCUUAAUGCACAAGCAAAACUAUGAUACUGGAACAUCAACUUGCAGUAUGUAUUACAAAUGUAGAGAUUGCGGACAAGCAAUAAAUAUGCGGAAGCAUAAGAAUCCUCACAUGUGUAAUGAAACAUACUGUAAAACAUGCAAAGAUUUCCUGGAAGAAGAUCACAAGUGUUUUAUGCAGCCAGUGGAAGAGGAUGAACCUAUGACCACAAGUAAUAAAACAAAGCCAAAGGAUACAAAAUAUAUAUUUUUUGACUUUGAGUGCACACAAGAUCAACAGCUCCAGUGCGAGAAAGGAUAUCUUUCAGGCGAAGCGGAAAGUGUGUUAACUGUAAAAAAGCAACUUGUGGUUCUUCUGAACAUCAGCCGAACUUAUGCGUCGUACAAAGGGUAUGCACUCAGUGCCUGGACAGCAACUUGUCUUUCGAUUCAGAGUGUGAUCAUUGUGGAAAAAAUGAACUGUUUUUCAAAGAAGAGCAGACCACUCAGCAGUUUUGUCAAUGGUUAUUCUCUGAGGAAAAUGUUGGCGCUACCGUAAUCUGUCAUAACUUUAAGGGGUAUGACAGCUAUCCAGUUCUACAAUACUUAAAUGAGAAUGCCAUCCUUCCUGAGGUAAUUACCAAUGGGACGAAAUUUAUGUCCAUCAAAGUUCCUGUGUGCAAGAUCCGCUUCAUAGACUCAAUAAACUUCAUUCCGAUGGCUUUAGCGGACAUGCCCAAAGCAUUUGGAAUCACAGAACUGGCAAAGGGUCAUUUCCCACAUCUAUUCAAUCGACAAGAAAAUCAAGCCAAAACCCUGACACAGUUACCAGACAUAAAGUACUACUCCCCAGAUAGUAUGAAAAUAGAAAACCGACUGGAAUUCCUUGCAUGAUAUGACAUUCACAAAAACGACAAGUUUGAUUUUCAAUAUGAACUCUUAAAAUACUGCCGAUCAGACGUGGACAUUCUGAGGAAAUGCUGUUUGAAGUUUCGUGAUUUGUUUCAGGAAAUAACACAAACGAAUGGAGUUCCUGGCAUAGAUCCUUUUAAAAAUCGCAUCGGCGUGUAAUCUGGUGUUCAGACGAAACUUUCUGGAACACGAAAGUAUUGGUAUUAUUCCAACACACGGGUACAGGCCUAAAGAGAAACAGUCUGUUUUAGCAUACAAAUGGUUGGCUUACUUUGCAUACCAAAUGAAUGUACACAUACAACAUGGUCGAAAUGCUGGUGAGAAGCUCAUAGGCCCUUACAAAGUUGACGGAUACUACGAAACUGAAGAAUGAGAGAAAGUUGUUUUAGAAAUGCAUGGUUGCUUUUGGCACGGUUGCAACCGCUGCUUUACAAAUUACACCAUCAAUCCUGUGAAUGAUAUGACAAUGGGUGACCUGUAUGCCAGAACAUUGGAUAAGCAACGCUAUAUAGAGUCUCUAGGAUAUACGUACGUGUCCAAGUGGGAAUGCGUUUUUAGAAAAGAAAUACAAGAUACCCCUGGCUUGCAAGAAUUUAUAAGAUCUGUAAAUAUAGUGUCCCCACUUGAGCCGCGAGAUGCGUUUUACGGUGGAAGGACAGAAGGAUUCAAAUUGUACGAAGAAGCCUCAAAUGACCAAGAAAUAAACUACUAUGACGUGACAUCGUUGUAUCCAUAUGUUAACAAAACUGGAAAAAUACCUCUAGGACAUCCCGAAAUUGUCACAGAAAAUUUCAAAGACAUUACCGAAUACGAGGGUCUAAUCAAGUGUAAAAUUGUACCUCCACGUGGACUCUACCUACCUGUCAUACCUGUAAAGUCAAAUGGAAAACUGCUUUUUAGCCUAUGCAGAUCAUGUGCAGACCAACACCAGCACUCGCCAUGUCAGCAUACUGAUAAUGAAAGAGCCUUUCUGGGUACUUGGGUUACAGAUGAGGUCAAACUGGCCCUGUCUCAGGGUUACAAAAUACUGGAAAUCUAUGAAGUUUGGCAUUUUAAUAAGAUAUCACAGUAUGACCAAGACUCCAAAUGUGGCAGUAUAUUCACUGAAUAUGUGAAUACCUUUCUAAAACUCAAACAGGAAGCUAGUGGUUGGCCUGAAUGGUGCAAAACAGAAGAUGACAAGCAGUUAUACAUUCAACGAUUUUAUGACAAAGAAGGUAUACUUUUACACUAUGACAGAAUAUACAAAAAUCCAGGCCUUCGAUCCUUGGCUAAGCUGAUGCUGAACUCCUUCUUGGGCAAGUUUGGCCAACGUACAAACCUAGCACAGACGUCUUAUGUAACAGAUACAAUGGAGUUCUUUGACUUUAUGACUAGCGAUCAACAAGAAAUAAAGAACAUACGAUUUGUAAAUGAAGAAACUGUGCAAUUAGACUGGAUAUACAAUGAAGAUUUUAUUGAGGCUUCUUCCCGAACAAACGUUGUUAUAGUUGCAUAUACAACAGCACAGGCCCGGCUUAAACUUUACAGCUAUCUACAGCAUCUUGGAAAACGUGCACUUUAUUGUGACACUGAUUCUAUCAUAUUUUCAACCAGACCAGGGCAGUGGAAACCUCCACUUGGAGAUUAUCUCGGAGAUAUGACAGACGAGGUUUCGGGAAACAAAAUCACGAAUUUUGUUACUGGUGGACCAAAAAACUAUGCAUAUAAAACAAAACAUUGUGAUAAAAAUGGUUAUACAUCAUUCUGCAAAGUAAAAGGAAUCACUCUUAACUUUAAAAACUCCCUCAAAAUAAAUUACGCUAUGGUGGUGGACAUGAUUAGGGGGUCGUCCACUGGUAAUACAGUCCAGGUUGCAGAUAUGAAAAUAUGCCGGGAUAUCACUAAUACUACACUUGUCACGAGACAAGAAACAAAGGACUAUAGAAUAGUGUUUGACAAAAGAGUAAUCGAUAAGGAUUACCUCACAUAUCCUUAUGGAUACUAACUAUUUUAUAAAAUAACAUCAUAUUUUGUAGAUAGCUGUUUUAUAAAAUGGGCUUUAUAUGCCACACUAAGUGUUAUAUGUACAUGUAUUAAAAAUGUUUGUCUCGUAAAUAAACUAUAAAACAAAAUUAUGUCUUACUUUUUUUCGUGUGUGAAUUCAUCAUAGCUGUGAUUUUAUACACUAAUGCAAUGAGAAAUUAACUGAAGUCUGUCGAACUAUUAUGGGACGUGUACAUCUGUGUUAGAUAUGAACAUUAAUUAUUACAAUAUCUUUGGGUAUAGAGGAUAAAAUCUUAAGCCGUAUAUAACAGAGUCUGAUUUAAAACACCCACUCAAAAAUGGCGCCAAUAGAGUCACCGGUACAGUUACGACUGAAUGAUUUUGAAAAUUGACUUCAGACCGGAUUGCAUCAUUUAUAUAGAAUAUAUAGGGGGUCACCGGGUGCAUUAUGCCCUGGUUAGGCAUGAUUGACUACUGUCAGCUUCUCAGAGUCAGAUUUCAACUGUCCAACACAAAGAAACUACUUUGAAACGUCCCAUGGUAAAGGUGAGCAGGAUGCCGCGGGUAGCCAUGUUAAAAACAAAGCACAUAUGUCUGUAAUUCGUAGAGAAUGCGAAAUUCAUAACGCAAAAGAUUUGUAUUUAGAUAAAUACUUCCGUAAUCCAUCAACUUCUUCAUACAAGCCUAGGAAUGGGGAUACAAAACUAAAAGGGCGUUUGUUUUUCUAUGUUGAGGACAGCGAAAUAGACAGACAAAGGUAUACGUUAAAGGUUAAAGCUGUAAAAGAAAACAGAAAAUUACACUGCAUACUCAAUGUCCGGUAAUCCAGGUAUCCUAUAUGUAAGGAAAAUACCCUGCUACUGUCCUUCGUGUACUGACCAAGAUUAUGAGAACUGUGUAUACAAGGGUAUAAUUGACCCCUGGGAGAAACGACACUUGAAUUAAGUUUUCAAGUCUACUAAUAUCUGUGUAUAGUUUUCAUUAUUAAAGAUCUGUGACUAUGUUUCCUAGAUUCGUGAACCAAGCGAGCUUAUCAAAUAAGACUUAAAUCUAGUUAUAUACAGACACUCUGAAAUACAAAAUCUAUAAUUUGAAACUUUUUAAUCAAACAAUGCCCAAUAUAAGGCGCGUUUGUUGUCCAGAAUAUUUGAUUAAGCUAUUAUUCGUAGUUAGAUCAUACAGUGUAAAUGUAGUCUCUUUUCUUUUUCAAUACCAUGUCAUUUCAUUCGUAAGGUCUUUAACAAUUGUAAGCGUAAGAAAUUACAGUUUUAAAGGCCUAUUAUAUUUAAACACUUGAUCGAAAUUUAUAUAGCACUGGUCACUUUUACACCUAUUAUAAAUGCUUGAUGGUUUAUGACGUUCUAAAGCUCUGUUUUUAGAACACAAAAAUAGUUGUAAGAACUAAGUUUUUUAAAAACAUAAAUAUACACAAGCAUACUCCUGUUGUAUUAUGGUGUGUGGCGUGGAAGCCGCUAACCCUCCGGGUUUUCUUUCUGCUGAUAAGUGAUGAGUAAAUUACGAGUUUUGGAGUCGGAAAUGCAGACCUGUUUUAUUUUGGUAUAUUGUGGUGUGUGGCAUGGAAGCCGCUAACCCGUUUGUUGUUUCUUUUUCCUGUUGUUUUGUUAAACAUAUUUUUGUUAAACCUAAACUUUGUGGUGGGUGGCAUGUGAGCCUCUAACCCAGUUCUACUUCAUGUAGAAAUUUCUUUUGUUGUGAAAAAAGCUUGUUUUGUAUAUCAUUUUCACUAUGAUAUGCAACAUAAUUAUGCUAAUGUCAGUACUUAGGGAAUAUAAACAUGUUUUGAUAUUUGGUUAUAGAGUUGCACAUUUUAUAAACAAAACAAUUUUGUAAUAUGAAUGUAUUUUGUAUGUAUCCGAUGAUGCAUUAUACUGUACCAUUUUCGUUAACGGUAAAUAUGACCUGUAUACAGACAAAUUUGAACAUGUAAAAGUAAAAAUCAACUUGUAUUUCCAUCUUUUUUCUUUGUUUUGCGUAUGGUGGUACAUUCAUUUUUACGAGUAAGCUGUUAGAUAAAUUAUUCAUCCCGAACACAUGAGACCAUUUAUAAAUAAAGGAAGAGAAAAACGGAGAUUUCGGCAACCGAUAACUGGGGAGGAAGCUUAGACAAUAUUAAUCAUUUUCUCCUAGGCAAGUUUAUUUGGAAUUUUCGAUUGGCGUAAAAUAAAUUAAAUGCAUCAGUCUGCAUUUUAUUUUGCAUCAGUAGUUACCUCCCUCUAAUUCCCGCGAUCUGUCAGAUCUGCACGUGUCGGUGUUUACGCAUGCGCGGGCCUAAAAUUAGAUGCACUUGGUUCCCGUUCCUGUUCAACAUAGCUGUGUAGUGCGUAUUCGAUAAAGGAAUCCAGAGUACAUGUACACAGCGGAGGGAGUUAUUUAUAGCUUAAUUUCGAGGUCAGUGAUGUUAUUGUACUUAAAAAAAACAAAACAAAUAAGGUAAAGUAAAUUAUGCCGAAGUCUCGUCAAUAAAUCGAAUUGGCAUAAGUCAAACCUGCUAUACUGAUAAUAUUUUACUGUUUUUUCUUUUUUUGUGGAUUUGGAAUACAAUGUAAUGGACGUACAAAUGAUGCAUUGAAAGGCAAAAUCACUUAAAUAGUAUUUUCGAACCAGCUUUCUUUCUUUUUGGGAGACGGGCGGAUUAUGGAUAUUUUAUAUGAUCUUGUGACGUCCAAAAUCAUAUUUUAACGUCAACACGUUGUUUAAAUGACGUUACAUAAAUGUGCAGAAUAGCGUGCGUUUGAUGAAUUACGAUCUAGAAAUACGUCCAUUAGACAAGAAUGCCACA